CUCAGGCGGGUGGGCCCCAGGGUCAGGAGGGAAAGUCCGAGCGAAAGUCGAUUGGCUGACGUGGUGGCCGCGCGUCCGGCCUCAGAAACUCUGGGCGAGCGCGCAGAGUCAGCUCUCCAGGAGUGCCAGGCGCAUCUCAGCUAAUCCAAAAGUAAAUGAGGAACUUAGAAAAAGAUUGCCAACUCCAGAUCAACAUAUUUAGAGAAAAUUGGAAAAGGAGAAGCUUACUACAGCUUUAUUUGAGGACUUUUUAAAAGAACGCAGAGUUCUAGCUGUGAGCUUCAAAUCUUGGAGCAAAAACCAGAGACAUUGCCAGAGCAAACAAGAACAGAAGUACAAAUGGAGGACUGGUCAAAAGAGAUAGCUCAUAGUUAUCUUGAACAAAAGACUACAGGGAGAAAUAAAAGUACAGAGUCGGAUGAACUACCAACUGUGAAUUCCAAGGAAGGCAUGCAUCAGAAAUCCAAUGAAUUAGUCAAUGAAGACACCCAUGAGGACACGGAACUGCCAGGGCAGAGAUCAAGGAAUUUCCCUUAUCCAGGUGAUGAGAGAGCUGACUGCACUACUAAAAAAUCCAACAUUAUGGAACAUAGAGAAAAUGAUUUGCGGUGUGAAUGUACGAUCCCUUGUCAAGUAACUUCAGACUUAGAUAAAGAGAAGAAAAUAGCAUUUCUUCUAAAAGAAUUGGACAUUCUCAGAGCGAACAAUAAAAAGCUUCAGGAAAAAUUGACUAAAGAAGAUAAGGAACAGAGAAAACUAAAGCUUACGCUGGAACUCCAGGAGAAAGCAACAGAAGCUCAUAUUGCUGAAAAGACAGCAGCUCUGGUUGAAGAAGUGUAUUUUGCACAGAAGGAACGUGAUGAAGCUAUUAUGUCUCGACUGCGGUUAGCCAAUGAGGAGAGAGAUGAAGCAAUUGCUCGAGCCAAACAUAUGGAAAUGUCUCUGAAAGUGCUAGAAAAUAUUAACCCUGAAGAAAAUGACAUGACAUUACAGGAAUUACUGAACAGAAUAAACAAUGCAGACACAGGAAUAGCUAUUCAGGAGAAUGGAGCUGUAAUUGUGGAUAGAAUCUACAAGACCAAGGAAUGUAAAAAGAGAAUAACUGCAGAAGAAAUGAACGCAGUGAUAGAAGAGCGGGAUGCUGCUUUGUCUCAGUGCAAACGGCUAGAGCAGGAGCUUCAUCAUCUGAAAGAGCAGAACCAGACUUCAGCAAACAACAUGAGACAUCUGACUGCUGAAAACAAUCAGGAACGUGCUCUGAAGGCAAAGUUGUUGGCUAUGCAGCAAGCCAGAGAGACUGCAAUUCAACAGUACAAAAAACUGGAAGAAGAAAUCCAGACACUUCGAGUUUACUACAGUUUACACAAAUCUUUAUCCCAAGAAGAAAAUCUGAAGGAUCAGUUUAACCAUACCCUUAGCACGUAUGAAGAAGCUUUAAAAAGUAGGGAGAACAUUGUGUCCAUCACUCAACAAGAGAAUGAGGAACUGGCUACCCAACUGCAGCAAGCUCUGACAGAUCGAGCAAACAUGGAAUUAGAGCUUCAGCACGCCAUGGAGGCCUCACAAGCGGCCAAUGACAAAGUGCAGAAGUUGGAAAGGCUGGUGGACGUCCUGAGGAAGAAAGUUGGAACAGGGACCAUGAGGACAGUGAUCUGACUGAAAAAACGACAGUCUGGGGAAGCAAUCACAUCUGGUGACCAGGCUGCUUCAUUCAACACUGUGUAAACACUAAAGCCUUAACUUAGCAAACAGUUGUUAGAAGUGGGACACUCCAACCACAUUCCAAGCUGAGAUAAAAUCAAAUCACAAAUGUUUAACCACUUUGCUGCUGACUUGAGUUAUUUAUCCAAAUGUAUUAACUACAGACUUUUACCAGUGAGUAGCUAUAAAGUUGCAGCUUAUUUUGUAACUAUUUUAUAUCUCACUGUAUUGAAUAUAAAUCUUUUUACGGAGAAACCAUUAUAGGUCAUAUCUUCGCAUACAGCCCUUUCUAAAUCAAAAUACAGCAAAGUAAAUAUUGUCUAAACCGUAAUCCACUGUGUUAGGUCAAAACUUAAAAUACAUGCAUUUUUCAAUAUAGAAUUUAUUUCUUAACUGAUGAGAGCUCAGACGUGAGAGUGUAUAGUCUUCCUCCAAUGCAUUCACAUAAUCUUUGUCAGUAUUAAAGAAUAUUAAGUCUAAAUACCAGGAAUCAAAUGUACACUUAGCUCUAAUGAGAGUUUGAUAUUUUAAAAUUACAUUAAUCAAGGCAUGAUUUUUGUUUCACUACAAAUAAUGCAAACUGUUUUCAAUAAAAAAGAGGAAAUUGUUUAUGCGUA